CUGCUUUGUUUUUGGUUUUCAUGGAGUAUAGCAAGGAAGUUGAAGGGAAAAGAGUCCAUGAUCCUUUUAACAAGAGUAUGGCUGCUGUAUCGAAGUGUGUAUGGGUGCCGUAUCCUGUUAUUAUCGGUGCCGGUCCGUCGGGCCUGGCCACCGCGGCUUGUCUCAAACAAAGAGGGAUCCCUAGUUUGAUCCUCGAGAGGGAAAACUGUAUUGCUUCGUUGUGGCAGCUGAAAACCUACGAUCGUCUUCGUCUUCAUCUUCCCAAACAAUUCUGUCAGCUACCGUUUUUGCCAUUCCCCGAUUGUUUUCCUACUUAUCCGACGAAGAAGCAGUUCAUGGCUUAUUUGGAGUCGUACAAGGAACAUUUUGGUCUAGAACCGGUUUUCGAGAAAACCGUCGUGCGUGCGGAGUUCGAUCGCCGAUGCGGGUUCUGGAGGGUUAAGACGUUGGGGGUGAAAGAAGAGGAGACCGAGUAUGUGUCGAGGUUCUUGGUCGUGGCAACCGGGGAGAAUGCUGAUGAAGUGGUGCCGAAGAUUGACGGAAUGGAUGAUUUCGGUGGGCCUAUACUUCACUCGAGCUCGUAUAAAAGUGGCCGAUUGUUCCGAGGGAGAGACGUUUUGGUGGUCGGAUGUGGGAACUCCGGCAUGGAGGUCUCCUUGGAUCUCUGCAACUGUGAUGCUCGUCCAUCACUCGCCGUUAGAGGCUCGGUGCACGUCUUGCCUCAUGAGAUGCUAGGUAGAUCAACUUUCGGAUUGUCCCUGUGGUUGCUCAAGUGGUUCCCCGUGUGCCUCGUUGACCGGUUUUUGCUUUUCAUGUCACGUUUCGUGCUCGGAGACACCAAGAAGCUAGGCCUCCAUCGGCCCAAGAUCGGCCCUCUCGAGCUCAAGAGCCGAUCCGGAAAAACACCAGUUCUGGAUGUCGGGACACUGGCCAAGAUCAGGAGCGGACACAUUAAGGUUUAUCCAGGAAUAAAGCGAAUCUCAUACCAUGCCACGGAGUUUGUAGAUGGCACGAAGGAGAAUUUCGAUGCCAUCAUCUUGGCCACCGGUUACAAAAGCAACGUGCCACAAUGGUUGAAAGAUAAAGAUUUGUUUUCAGAGAAAGAUGGUAUGCCCCGAGAGCCAUUCCCCAAUGGUUGGAAAGGUGAAUGUGGACUGUAUGCCGUAGGGUUUACAAAGCGUGGAUUGUUGGGUGCCUCUUUCGAUGCGAGAAAGAUAGCCCAAGAUAUUGCUCUUCAAUGGAAAGCUUAUUAGUCGGAAUUUAGUCGAACUCCGGUUACUAUCGAACGUAA